AUAAACAAAUAUGGCUGUGAAUGUCAAAAUUCGUGAAAUAAUUUUUUAUAGCAUCUAUUAAUUAUGCGAGCAGGUGAUCAUUUUGAAAUGUUCGUGAUAGUGUCUUGAAACAUUGUUACACGUGAAAUCAAGGUAGUUUAAUAGAAUUCUAAAAUCAUGGCAGACGAUCCAAAUCGAGACAUUUUACCGGUGAAGGAAGGUUCUUACGCGGAUACUUGCCGUAGUAGCAUAGAUCCCAGGGAACGACACAUCGUGGGCAAACUCGAUCGUUGCGAGUUAGAGGACAAAUAUUUACGAUUACUCGAGGAGGCGCAUAACUUAAAAAAGCUUGCUAACCGGCAGGAAGAUAAAAUAAAACGAUUAGCGACGAAGUUAAUGCGAGUGACUGCCAAUACAAAAUCGUGUUCGGCUUCUUUGGAUGUUUACGAAAAUAAGAAUAAAAUAAUCGCUCUCGAGAUCGAGAAUACUAAGUUGAAAGAUAAAAUCUUGGUGCUGAGGAAUCAACUGUUGAGUCAUACGAUAUCCGGUAGAUCGUCAUCGAGAAGUCGUACCCAAGUGAGGCCGUCGUCUGGACGCAUAUCGUGUCGAAGCGAAAACAGCCGCGCUAAGCUAACUUGCUCCUGCGUCGAAAACGAGAAUAAUGAAAUGGCUAACGGGAAGAACAGUCUCGAUAAAAUCGAGGAAUUGGAAAUGGAGAAGGACGAAAUGGCUAAUCGGAUAGCGGAGUUGGAAAAGGAACUGUCUGCGGCUGUGGUAGUCAGCCAGAGGGAGAAAAUAGCUGAAAACAUUAAGUAUAUACAGGUCUGGCGACAAAUGAAGCAGCUGAACGACAAACUAAUAGACGCCGAGCAGGAGAACGACUCGUUGAAUGAGCAAAUCAACGAUCUGAAGAGAUUACUCGAGGAAGCGACGAAGAACAACGAGGCGAUUACGAUAGAUCUUGUAGCAGAGAGGAAACGGUCUGCCGAGCUGGACGAGGAGAUAAUGAACGCAAGAGGCUCUGAUCUUUCGCUACGAGAGAAGGAUGAACAGAUAAAAGACCUCGCUAAGGAAGUGAAGAUAUUACAAGAGCAUAAUCACGAGUUGAUUGAAUUGAGUAAUAAAUACGGGGAGAUCGAGCUGGAGAAUUUACAACUGAAGAAGAAGCUCAUCGAACGACAUAACGACGAGGACAAUUUGCGAACUAUUUUUACCGACGAACAGGCCAACAUUGUAGCGUUACAAGUCUCGAACGAGCAACUGCUCGGAAAACUCCAAGAACUGCAAAACAACAUAGACAGUUUAACGGUACAAUUAACGACCUUCCCGACGCAGACGACGGAGAAACAGAAAAUGUCGCGGGAGACGCAGAUCACGCUGAAAAGCGAAAUAAAACCACUGAUGCGGGAACCGUACAUAGAUAAUUCUAGCCAGGUAGAGGAUUGCAGCAAGUAUUGUCCAGCAGUGGAGAUGAUGUUGCAGCGAGACAUCGCCGACAGAGUCGAGCAGUGUAAGAAAUGUUGCGAGGUCACGAUGCCGCUGGAAGACGUGAUACACUCAGGUCGGAAGUGUGUCAAAUUAGUCGACAAUUCGGUGCAGACCGAUUACGAAUCGCAUUCAAUGGAGAAAAAGGAGCAAGAGAUAAUGACGACGACGGCGAUCAUGACUCCGGUGAAGGAGCUGCCGGAGAAACAAGAACCACAGCUCGUGAAGAAAUCUAUAGAGUAUACAACGAUGACGGAUGAGUCCACCUUGACGCCGGACAAGAUGUUGAAGCUUUUGGAUCAGGCGCAGAUCGCGGCGCACGUAGACGCUCAGAGGAUCCCUCAGAAACCCGUGGUGGCCGGCGUCGAUUACAGCGAGCUUCUGGACCAGCAUGGAAGACACAGGCAAGUUGUCUCCCUUGAAAAACUGCUCUUCGGUGAUUUUAAUUGUGUUCCUCAGACGUUGGACCAAACGGAUUCCACCAAACUGUUGUCUCUGUUUUACAAUAUUCUUCACGAAUACAAUCAGUCCACGACGUCGCAUGAAAUCCCUACCCUGUAUCGGCCGUCGCCGACAAUUAAACAGCAAUUUUAUGCCAAGGACGUUAAUAAUAACGUUGGAACGACGAAAGUCGCGUCCAGUUCCGCACGAGUCGGUUGCAGCACGAGAAAAUGUUGUUCCGUCCCUUAUAAUAAAUUCCGACACGACAAGUCGAAGAGAAAGACGACGUCAGUGAUCAGGAAACAGGAUGAAAUUCCGGUUCAGAGCGGUAUCGGCGAUUGUACUUGCACCAGCUUGAUGCGAUGCCCAUCGGACUCAGCCUGCAGGACGCACUGUUGCACUUCUCCGAAGUCGAGCAAAUAUUAUAGUACAAACAACAUUGAAAUGCAACACGCGGUACCGCAAGUAAGCAGCAAGACGAUUGCGAAAAACACUCCAGUCGACAGUACUCUCGUACACAGAAUCGAGUGCGAAAAUUCGGCGCAGAACGUAGAGAAUGCCCUUACAAACAGCGAGGACGAGACGUUGCACGAGUACGUAAAACGAUUGAAUAAAUGCAAAGAAAUUAUGCACGGAGCAGGUAUUAUCUCAGCAGAAGGUCCGCUGGAUCGUAUGAAAAUUCAUAGUCAGCCCGGACUCAAGGAAUCGAAGCUGGUCGCACAGCAGAUAGAAUCGUUCUGCAGCCUAAAGUGCCAGAAUGAUUGCGCGGAUAUGACGAGUCCCACGCCCGAUUCGUCUCCCCUGGUUAUAACCGACGGUCAAGGCCUCGUGGAGGUUCACAUAAGGUCCUUGCAGUUGUCGACAUGCGCGAAGGAGGUCUUGUUCCGAGAGAAGGACUUCAACGACGUGUUGCUGUUCAUCAGCUGGGAUAUCUGGAACCAGGAGACAGCCUACACGCCCACGUUGAAAUGUCCAGAAUUGAAUUUUAAUUCGUCGUUCGUCUAUCGAAUAUCAGAUCUGUUCUCAUUUUUCAACUACGUCCUAUCGGACCUCGUCAUAUUCGAGGUGAACGUAUUCCACGAGGAUAGAGACAAUUACGUAGUAGCCAGAGGAAAGCUCAGCGUCAAGGAUAUAUUGGACUAUCCUCAGAACAAAUUGCAUUACAUCGCGCCGGUGAACAGCGUGAUACCUUGUUCGAUCGGCAUGAGCUUCGGCCAAUUGUCUCUGUGGGUCAGGCUGAGCUGCGACGUCGAAAAGGUGGUGCAAUUCAAAAAGCAACGCGGCAUAUACUCUGAGAUAUCCGAUGACAUCAUCAUACCUCAUCGAGUCUCGACGCAGAAGGUCCUGAUUUCACCGACACCCGAGAUAGUCGAGAAGAUUUCGGAUCCGGACGAGCAGGUCGAAUAUGACAGCUCACCAGAGGAGCUGUCCCCACAGGUCACAGACAUGACUGUACACAAGCCAUCGUACGAAUCAAGUGACACCUCGGGUCAUAAUCGAGUGACUAAAACGCGAUCCAUGAUACAACUGCAUAAGGAUCCGCUGACAGUGGUCAAGAGGAGCGAAGAUGAAAUUGAAGAGAAAUAUUUGAACACAAGGGACGGCAGAGAUACGUCAAGUAUACCGGAUAAUAAGAGUAUGUACAAUACAGUCGCACCCUGGGAGGAUACCACUACUACCACAGACGAGAACAACGAAUACAAUAGGAUGAACAACCUCCUGAUGUCCAGAGAGAGCAGCGAGGAGAACAACACAAUUCAGCCUCUCAAGCCGAGCUUGAUAGAAUUCAGCGAGAGCAUAGCAGAUGUAAAAAAUGACACGAACGACUCGAGAUCGGUCGACUCCUUUUACGAGGUGACUAACGUGAUCGCGGAUAAGAAUUGGCAGAAAUACAAGGACCGCAGUCUGCUUACAUUUGUUGGCACAUCACGUUUAUUGUUGCAGUUCGUGGAGAAGGACACGAUUAUCAUCGAGAUCGUUCACAUGAUUUUGUUCCCGAAGACUUUUAUAAUGCAAAAUCCCGAUUUCCACCUGCUUUACAUAGAAUACUGCUUUUUGGGUUAUUGCGGCGCCGACAUGGAGACCGUGUCAAUCAGAAAGCCGGAGCCGCCGAAUCAGAAGAUGACGUUCAAUUUCAAGAGAAAGUUUCGAGUGGACGACGAGAAGCACUCGUUGCAAAAUAAUAUAUUAAGAGCGAUGCUGGACGAAUCGACUAAUCCGCACAUAAAGUUCAUCGUCGUUUGCGAGCCACUUCCCGAAGAUACGGACUCGAAGGAAUGCGUGGAAGUAGGAUACGCCUAUUUUAAUAUAAGAGAGUACGCGCUAGGGGACAGCGAGAAAACCGUGUCUAUUCCGAUUUACAACGCAAGCGACGAGUCGAAUAAAGUCGGAUUGCUGACGAUCACCGUGUUGGGUCUCGAGACGAUACGUCAACGCCUAGGCAGACGCGAGUCGGACGUCAAUUGAAGUUUCUUCCUCUGUGCAUUUAUCGUGUUUAUACAAACGUGUAGAAAUGUGAUUACCAUGAAGUGAAAAAUUAAUAAAAUAUACGAUUGAAAAAAUUA